AUGAUAAUACAAAAGCCAAUUUAGCCAAUUAAAACUAUGUUGAGUAAUUUCUGUCGCUGGAGUAUAUUGUGCGACUACAUGUCCCAUAAGACUUUGCGGUCAGAGCCCCGGAUGUCUUUACACCGGAAGAGAAGCGUGAGUCUUUUACAGCCAUCUUGUGGCAUCUCACAGCGAAGUUCUCGCUCAAUCCCCGUAGAAUCGGAGGAGAAUCCUGCUGAAAGGGGGCCAUCAUGCCCGGUCAACUGCAAGAAGGUUUUGGCUGUGUCGUAACCAAUCGGUUCGACCAGCUAUUUGAUGAUGAAGAGGAUCCGUUUGAGCUGUUAAAGCAGGCAGAAAAGAAGAAGGAUGCGACCGCUCCUGGUGCCGCCAAGACCGCGGCGCAGGCUGCAAAGCAGUCCAAAAAGGAGUCCCAGAAAGAAAGGAGAAACCCAGUUCCCGAGAAGAAGGAAGAGAAACCCGCUCCCGUUCCUCUCAAGAAAGAUGGCAUGAGGAAAGUGGGCUGCCGACCGGAGCAGCAGGGUCAGCCAGGAUCCCAGCCGCAGGGAGGUCAGGGGGAGGGUCGUCCACCAGCCGACAGGCGGCCUGACAGGAGGCCACCACGUGAACGACGAUUUGACAAACCUGCUGAUGAAAAACCUGCUGAGGGUGGAGAAUUCUCAGUGGAGAAAUCUGUCAGUGACAGGCCGUUCCGGGGUCGUGGCGGUCCCAGAGGAGGGCGCGGAGGCCGGGGCAGAGGUGUUGGCAGGACUGACGGCUUUGACUCUCGCGGUAAACGUGAGUUUGACAGACACAGCGGCAGCGACCGAACCAGCCUAAGAGGAGAGGAAAAACGUGGAGGAAGUGGAUCUCAUAACUGGGGCAAUGUUAAGGAUGAACUAAGCGAGCUGGACCAGUCAAACGUCACUGAGGACACCCCCGAAGGAGAGGAACACCCACCUGCUGACUCGGAGAACAAGGAGAAUGAGGUUGAGGAGGUUAAAGAAGAAGGUGCUAAGGAGAUGACUCUGGAUGAAUGGAAAGCCCAGCAGAAUAAAGAGAGAGCCAAAGUGGAAUUCAACAUUCGUAAAGCCAAUGAGGGAGCCGACUGGAAGAAAGGAUAUGUCCUGCACAAGUCUAAGGCUGAGGAUGCCUCUGUUGAUGAUGCCUCUGGGGAUCACCACUUCCGUAAAUCAGCUAAUGACAUUACAUCCAAGCUGGAGAUUAACUUUGGGGACCUGGGCCGCACAGGACGUGGUCGUGGAGGACCACGAGGUGGCAGAGGAGGCCGUGGAGCUGCUGCUGCUGCUGCUACCAGGCCACCUCGUGAACGCAGGCCAGAAAAGGUUGGUGGAGUGUCUGUCCCUAACGUGGACGACCCAGAGGCUUUCCCAGCCCUGGCUUAAGCUGCCCAGACGGCACGCUCCGCUCACCCACGAGGAUCACUCCUCCACGGGUCCUUGUCUACGAGGCUUGCAUGCUAAUGGAUGGAAGACUGUCAUCCAUGCCAUUCACCCCUGAGGACUGAUUUUACCUGUUUUAGAAAAAAAGACGGAGAGAAAAAAAGGAAAAAAAAAAAGGACGGACUUCUUGCUAUUCCGAAGCAAAUUAUUGGUUGAGGUUUUGUAUUUAGAAAUAAUGUAGCAGGGAUGUUUUCAUACAGUGUUUCUUUUGCUGUUGUUUCUUUUUUUUUCUUAGAAAUUAUGCAUUGUUCAUGGAUACUUUUUGUACUGCUGCUUGAAAAUAUGCAUUUCCAAAAAUAGGUGUGAAGAGCACACCGCUUUAUCUUAAGGUGGUCCCGUAGCUUGCUUUUUUUUUUUACACAGAAAAGCAUCAUAACAAGGCUUCCAUUUCAUGGGCAAGAUCUACGAGUUAGUCUUAAUUUGUAAAGGUUACUGUAUUUCUAAGGGAAAUUAUAGAGCAUUUUGGUUCUGCUCAUUGUGGAAUUAAACACCUCGGUUCCCUGAAGGCGGGCCUUGACACACAAUCUGAAGUCAUUUCGGUUAAAUGUACAAUUUAUGAUUCAUAAAUUAAUGCCAACAUGUAGUUCUGGUGAUUCAGUUGCACUCGCCACAAAAAGUGUCUUUUUAUCAAAUGACCACUGUAAAGUUCAAAAUGGUGUCUUUAUGCCAUUGACUCUGGUAACUCAGGAUAGUAUCAUUCUUGUUACGCAAAGUUUCAGUGUAAAUACAAGAAGCAAGUUUACACCUCACUCCUGUUUACUGACAAAUUUGAGCCAGGUUAUGGAUAAAUCCUGUUAGAUAUUACUUUCUUUCUGCCCCAUUGUUUUGCAACAGCUUUACUGCAUAACUGAUCUGAAAGAAACACCAUCCUGUUCAGUGAGGAACAGCUGAUGUGAUGUGUGAAUUCCUACCCUGCUAUUAGACCUCUGUCAAUAAUUAAAAGAUGGUCGAUUCAUA